CGACAUCAUGGUCAAGACUUGAAGAGCUCGACCCAUUGACGUUCGCGGACUUCCAAUGGAUGCCCGUUCCCUCGACCGGACGAUUGCUGAAACCGCAUUGCAACGUACUCAUGGCACAACUGCGAGAUUACUUGCACACUGCAGUACCGACUCCGUUGAUGGACGCCGGAGUAGAGGUUGUCGACCUUCACGCCUACAUUGCGAAGAUCGGCCGCGAGUUCAAGACGCAACGGUACAACGACAUCGACGCACCAUUGUUAUAUGUACGCAUUCAGAUCGGAGAGGCGACCUGCAGUGCUUUGAUCGAUUGCGGAGCAUCUCGCAACUACAUCAGCCAGGACUUCAUGGUACGCGUCAGCCUUGGCCCACGUGUCCGAAGGAAGCCCCAACCCACGCAAGUGAGGCGGUAUCCUUUGACAUUCUGGACACCAAAUUUGACAUGAUCUUGGGCACGUCAUGGCUGCGAAGCGAGGAUCACCCGGUGAACUUCUAUAACCGCACCGUUCACAUUCGUGAUCGGAACGGAAUACUAGUCCCAUGCACGGUGCCUCUUCCUCAUCCUUCGAUCAGCUGCCACAUGGUAUCCGCCGCAAGCAUGCAAGCUUCCAUCAUCAGAGACGACAUCGAGGAGAUGGGGGUGUGUUUUCUCCACGCCCUCUCGCCCCAUGACGCUUCACCGACGGACUCAUCUUCGGAUCCACGCAUCACCGAACUUCUCGACGCCUACAGUGACGUGUUCGAAGGCCCGCACGGAGUAGUACCGGAUCGGCCCAUCCGCCACGAGAUCAUCCUCGAGGACGGGGCCGUACCUCCGCGCGGUUGCAUCUACCGAAUGAGUGAGGAAGAGUUAAGUGUGUUUCGGGCACAACUCGACGACCUUCUGGAGAAAGGCUGGAUUCGGCCUAGCUCAUUGCCAUACGGUGCUCCUGUUCUCUUCGUCUGGAAGAAGAACGAGGAUUUGCGGUUGUGCAUCGAUUAUCGCAAGCUCAACGCGCAGACGAUCAGAAAUGCCGGCCCUCUCCCAUGCAUCGACGAUCUUCCCAAGCGAAUGGGCGGCGCCAAGUUCUUCUCCAAGCUGGACCUCAAGUCGGGAUAUCACCAACUCGAGAUUCGGAAGGAGGAUCGCUACAAGACCGCGUUUAAGACGCGAUAUGGGCAUUUCGAAUGGCUGSUYAUGCCRUUUGGCCUUACGAAUGCCCCGACCACUUUCCAAGCGGCUAUGACAACGGAGUUCCGACACAUGCUGGAUCGAUACGUACUUAUCUACCUCGACGACAUUCUGGUGUACAGCUGGAGUUUGGAGGAGCAUGUGGAACACCUGCGCACCGUUCUAGAGCGGCUACGACAAGCCAAGUACAAAGCCAACCGCGACAAGUGCGAAUUCGCGCGGCAGGAGCUGGAGUACUUGGGACAUUAUGUGACGCCGCAAGGCAUCCGUCCGCUUGCGGACAAGAUCGAGGCCCUACGAGUAUGGCCCGAGCCCACCAACACCACGGACGUUCGUUCAUUCAUGGGAUUGGCGGGCUACUAUCAGCCAUUCAUCACCAGAUACUCGAGGAUUGCUGCACCUAUGACGAGAUUACAAUUGCCAAAGGUGCCAUUCGUAUUCGAUGACGACACACGCCGGUCAUUCCAAGCACUUAAGAUGGCUAUGCUCAUGGCACCCGUCCUUAGCAUUUAUGACCCCACCCUGCGGACGAGAGUAACUAUGGACGCUCCUGGCUAUGGCAUUGGGGCAGUCUUGGAACAGCACGAGGGCGACAACUUGCACCCUGUGGAGUAUUUCAGCCACAAAGUGCCUCCCAUCAACUCGCUUGAUGAUGCAAGGAAGAAGGAGCUGCUCGCAUUUGUCAUGGCUCUCAAGCGUUGGCGGCACUUUCUCCUGGGGCGUCGGAGGUUCACAUGGGUUACGGACAACAAUCCAUUGACCUAUUACAAGACGCAGGAUACGGUGAGCAGCACGAUCGGACAAUGGAUGUACUUCAUCGACCAAUUUGACUUCACACGGAAACAUCUUCCCGGCCUCUCAAAUCGUGCAGCAGAUGCACUCUCGCGAAGACCUGAUCUUUGCGCUAUGACACAUCAUGCCUUCGCAUUCGACGAGGAGCUUCAGCGACACUUCAUCAAGGGCUACAAGUCCGAUCCAGAUUUCGCCACGCUAUAUGCGCAGCUAUCUUCGGAUCACCCACCGACCAGCCACUAUCGCAUCGCCGAUGGGUAUUUGCUCCUGCACUCGCGGGGCAAGGACUUACUAUGUGUCCCACGCGACCGCCGUCUUCGGACUCGCCUACUCGGCGAGUAUCAUGAUUCUCGACUCGCCGGCCAUUUCGGAGUCAACCGCACUAUUGCACGACUUCGACAACGAUUCCGAUGGCCAGACCUCAUCACCGACAUCACGAGGUAUUGCGACUCUUGCGAAGUUUGCCGACGAAGCAAACCCCACAACCGCAACCCCUACGGCGAGCUGCGCCCGAUGUCGAUCCCGCAGGAGCCUGGUCUCUCCAUUGCCAUGGAUGUCACCGGACCAUUCCCCCGCGAUCGCCUCGGACACGAUGGCAUCCUCACGGUUGUGGACCGUUUGAGUAAGUAUGCGCGUUUUCUCCCUUGCAAGUACUACUCCACGGCUCCCGAGCUGGCACGCCUCCUGCACACCGGCUGGAUUUGCGGCCAUGGUGUACCGGAAGACAUAGUCAGCGACCGCGACACUCGCUUCAUGUCGGCAUUUUGGACUGCACUCAUGCAGGAGUCCGGCACGAAGAUGAAGCCAAGUUCGGCUUGGCAUCCACAGACAGACGGGCAGACGGAGCGGGCACAUCAAACCGCUCAAAUGAUGCUKCGUASGCUCAUCCGUCCGGACCAGAAAGAAUGGGUUGACCGCCUCCCCGACAUCGAGUUCGCCUACAACACUUCGGUGCACCGGGCGAUCGACGUGACUCCAUUCGAGUUGCACCACGGUGGACGAAAAGGCCGUAUCUUCGCCGACCUUCUCCUCCCACGACCAGCCGACAUCGAUUCCGCUUGCUCUCCCGCUUUCGUCCACAAGUACAGGGAAUUGCUGGCUCAAGCCCGCGCGAAUAUGCAAAAGGCUCAAGUCCGCAUGCAGAAGCAAGCCAACAGGCAUCGCGUGCCAUGUCCCAUCCGCGCCGGUGACCUGGUUUGGGUUUCCACGGAAGAGUUUGCACUGGAACAGGAGGUUUCACGCAAACUGCUUCCCAAGUGGUUUGGACCAUGGCCUGUAACAUCAGCCGCGGGCGAUGAGCCCGAUGGCCCUUCAUUUGUGAUCAACAUCCCCCCGGAUCUGACGGUCCAUCCAGUCUUUCACGCCUCAAAGCUGGCAACAUACACGCCAGCUAAGAGCGACGACUUUCCUGGCCGAAGAUCGCAGGACCCUCCUUCUAUGGAUGGUCAUCAGGAAGUUGACCACGUCAUCACCGAUCGCAAGUACGGCAGCAAGCCGCGAUAGUACAAAGUGACAUUCAAAGCCUGCGAUCGCGACGACACUCGGUGGAUUUCAGGAGCAGAUUUGAAACUCUGAUCUACGCGCAUUAUGAGAAG